UCAGGUGGUGCUGCUAUGGAAAGAUGUGAUCAGAGGGUCAAAAGAGGAGGCUUUUCCUGAUUGCUCAUUUCAGUAAUAAUAAAACAAGUUGUAAAAUUGCCGAGGAUCGUUUCGUUUGACUGAAAAAAAGAAGAAAAAAAAAAAACAAAGGUCGAUGUUCGGUACGAAGAGAAAAGAAGAGAAGAGAUAAUGGCCGUUCUGUAGAAGCUUUUAUUUGCACCGGCAAUAUUGGCUCGAGUCGAGGAGGUGCUCCGACCAGGAUGUCCAAGCGACGUGCUUCAGAGAGGGGUGCAGGGGAGAGCUCGGCCAGGGGCAGCAAACUCCUUUGUCCUGGGAUUUCAGGAAGCAGUGCCAAGAGAGCUGGCCCCUUCAUCCUUGGGCCUCGGUUGGGAAAUUCACCCGUUCAGAGCAUUGUCCAGUGUCUUGCAAGAAAAGAUGGCACCGAUGACUUCUAUCAACUGAAGAUACUGACUUUGGAGGAACGGCCAGAUUCAGCAGCGGAAACCCAGGAGGAGCGGCAGGGGAAGAUGUUGCUGCACACAGAGUAUUCUCUGCUGUCUUUACUGCACAACCAGGAUGGUGUAGUGCACCACCAUGGCCUCUUCCAGGAUCGAGCCUACGAGAUAGUAGAGGACACAGAUACCAACAAGUUACGGAAGAUGAAGAAGCGCAUCUGCCUGGUGCUGGACUGCCUGUGUGCUCAUGACUUCAGUGACAAAACAGCAGACCUCAUCAACCUCCAGCAUUAUGUUAUCAAGGAGAAGCGUUUGAGCGAGAGAGAAACCAUUGUGAUCUUCUACGAUGUGGUACGAGUUGUUGAAGCCCUGCACAAGAAAAAUAUCGUGCACAGAGACCUCAAACUUGGAAAUAUGGUGCUCAACAAAAGAACACACCGGAUAACCAUUACCAACUUCUGCCUGGGGAAGCACUUGGUGAGUGAGGAUGACUUGCUGAAGGACCAGAGAGGCAGUCCAGCCUAUAUCAGCCCAGAUGUUCUGAGCGGUCGUCCAUACCGUGGCAAGCCCAGUGACAUGUGGGCUCUGGGGGUAGUGCUGUUCACCAUGCUCUACGGCCAGUUCCCCUUCUAUGACAGCAUACCUCAGGAGCUCUUCCGCAAGAUCAAGGCUGCUGAAUACACCGUCCCCGAGGAUGGACGUGUGUCUGAGAGCACGGUUUGUCUUAUCCGCAAACUGCUGGUGCUGGACCCUCAACAGAGGCUCACAGCCGCUGAGGUGCUAGAGUCUCUCAGCAGCAUUAUCACCUCGUGGCAAUCUGUCUCUUCUCUGAGUGGUCCGCUGCAGGUAGUACCUGAUAUAGAUGAUCAGGUGAACCACCCUGAGCAUCUCCAGGAGGCUAAGGUAACAGAGGAGUCCUCACAGUACGAAUUUGAGAACUACAUGCGGCAGCAGCUGCUGCUGGCUGAGGAGAAGAACACUAUCUAUGAGGCCAAGAACUUCCUGGGCAAGCGGCAAUUCAGUAGUGUGCCUCCUGUGCGCCGCCUAGGCCACGACGCACAGCCCGUCAGUCCGCUGGAUGCUGCCAUCCUGGCCCAGCGCUUCCUCAGAAAGUAGCACCGCUCCCUACUUGAGAAGGAGGGGACCUGGGCCAGGCUUUGUGGGACAUCCCCUUUGCCCUGCCCAUUCAUCACCAGUGAAGUAUGUUGAGGUCAUUGGGUGGUGAGGGGCAGGGAUGGGGGGGAUGAUGUCAGCCAUGGUAAUGGGCUUUUCACAAUCUGUAUUCUCUCCUCCUUGGAUGGAUUUUUGUGGUGCUGCCUGAGGAGGUGGAGUCUGGGUUAGGGUAGGGGUGGAGCAGGCAGAUAAGAUUAAAUGGCUCUAGAGCCCUGGCUCUCAGCUGUGGAGCACUACCCUCUGGGCACUUUGAAGGCCAUACACCCCACCCACCUCCACCACUGUCAUCUUCCAGCACUUCCAUCAGCUCCCACAAAGAAACUUGGCCACAACAACCAGACACCCAGAGCAAUAGAGGGUUCCACCAUGGAACCAUGUAGCAGCUUGUCUCUCAGAACCUAGAGGAAGACCUCUGAGUGAGAGACCCUUGACCACGGACUUCAUCUUGCCACGUACUACCUUUUUUUUUUUUUUUUUUUUUUUUU